AUGCGGCCUAGCUCUACCUCCGCUCCGUCAUCGCAGCGAGUCGCCAUGAAGGUCAUGAUCGUGCCAGUCCUCCAGGACAACUACGCGUAUCUGCUGUACGACGAGCAGAGCAGGGAGGCGGCGGCGGUGGACCCAGCGGACCCGGUGCUGGUGAUGAACGCCGCCAAGCACAAGGGGCUCAACGUCGUCGCCGUGCUCACCACACACCACCACAGGGACCACGCGGGGGGCAAUGAGGAGGUGAAGCGGAUGCUGCCAAGUGUGCUGGUGUACGGGGGGAGCAUGGACACCAUCCCUGCAUGCACCAACGAGCUCAAGCACGGCGACUGCUUCCAGCUGGGCGAUGAAACCAUGACCAUCAAGGCGCUGCACACCCCGGGGCACACCACCGGGCACAUAUGCUACUUUGUGACAGCCAAUAACGGCCAGCACGACCCCAUUCUCUUCACCGGAGACUGCCUUUUCGUGGGGGGGUGCGGGCGGUUCUUUGAGGGCACACCAGCAGACAUGUACUACUCGUUGUGCCGGGUCAUCAAGAUGCUGCCUCCCGCCACCAAAGUCUACUGCGGCCAUGAGUACACAGUGAAGAACCUCCAGUUCACGCUUUUUCUGGAGCCCAGCAACCCAGCAGCGCAGGAGAAGAUGGAGUGGGCCAUGGAGCGGCGCCGCAACCGCCUGCCCACCGUGCCCUCCACGCUUGCGCAGGAGCUCAAGUACAACCCCUUCAUGCGCGUCGAGCUGCCCAGCAUGCAGACGGUGACAGGCAGAGAGGCGCCUGAAGAUGUGAUGGGAGAGAUUCGAGCUCGCAAGGAUGCUUUCUGA